GGCAUCGGCAUCGGCUUUGUGAUAACACAAGCCGGAGAGCAGCUGAGUGUGUAUAAAACAUUGGCACGUCAACUCAAUCAGCAGCACUUGCGGACUACCAGCCCAACAAAUCACAUCCGAAUUCCAAAAUCCAACAGCAAUUUAAACAUGUCGCAUUUCAAUGUUGCCGCUCUGCUUGCUUGCGCCGUCGUCUGUCUGCUCGCAGCCAGCCACCAUGCACAGGCAGCCGUUGCACGCGCCAACUUCAGCAAUCCCACUUAUCCCGGCAAGUGUGUGGUGACCUCGGAUGUAAUUAUGUCGCCCGGACAGACGGGCAAGGCGCCCAAUCAUCCUUGCGCCAGCGUCACCUGCAUGGAUAACGGUCACGUUGAGUUCCACACCUGUGCCGCCGUUGCGCCACCCAAGGGCUGCAAGCAGCGCGACUUUGUCAACACCAAUCGCAGUUUUCCCGAAUGCUGUGAGCGCGCCUACGAUUGCAGAAAGUACAUUUAAAUGUCUAUCGUUAUCGAUUUGUAUUUUUGUUUUGUUUUUUUUUUUUUUAUUUAUUUUGUAU